GUUUUAAUUUCUCUCUCUCGCUCUCGCUUUCUGACAAUCUUUCUUUCAGGGAAAAAGAGAGAGAGAUGGAUGAAGACGACGAGCUUGGGGAUUGGGGCAUAGAUUUUCUCGACGAAGCCAUCAAACUCGAAGAGAGUUAUCUCUCUACUCAGCCACCUCCGCCUGCUCCCCCGAUUGUUCCGCCUCCGGCUCCGUCGUCGGAGAAUGUGGAGUUACAUUCCACGGGACAACAACGGCAUAAAACUCCAGCUCGCGAUCCUUUCGCAAGCUUCUCUCCGCCAAGAGUGCUCUCUCAGAGAGUAGCAGGCGGUUUCAAUGACGCGGUAACGGAUUACUCUUCGGUGGCUGCCGUUAGACCAAUCUCUCCGAGCUCUUCGACUCGUCGUUACGAUAGCGAGAAAGAUCUCGAAAUCGAGCGCUUAAAGAAGGAGCUGGGACGUGUCUCGAAGCAGCUGCUUGAUAUGGAGCAAGAGUGUUCGAAGCUUAAGAAGGGGAAAAGCAAAGAGACUGAGCUCAAAAACUUGCAUUCUGAGAUUAACGGGAGUGGUGCUACAGUUUUUGCGUCUAGGAGAACUAAGUUGGAACCAGAUGCUCCAACUUCAGUGAAUGAUGGAGGAAUCGAUUCUACUACUGGUUUAGAUGAUAAAAGAAGCUUCAAGGCCACUGGUGUUCAAGCGGAUCUGGCAAACCAUUCUGACAUUUCAAAGAAGCUGCUUGAUAUCUGGCGCACCUCAAAUUAUCAAGACCCUAGGAGAAAUCUUAUCUCAGAGCUGCUAUUGGCUUGUUCAACAGAUCUCCAGAUUCUCUUUGGUUUCAUGAACACUAGUACGCCUCCCCAAGAAAAAGACAGACAAGCAGCCAAAACCUUGUCCAAUGAGCAAUCAUCUAAAGCAUUAGAAUCUGAGAAAGUAUAUCAUUUAUACUCUGCUGUAACAAAGAUCAGCUAUGGGCUUGUAAAUUUGAAGACCUUGGUUGAGCCACUACUUGAUCUUUGUAAGGCGGAAAAUGCCAUUCUUGUUCAUAGAUCUCUGCAUGUACUACAUGUGCUGUUGGAACAUGUAUGUGGUGUUGAAAAGAAGUUUGAUGUCAGGGACAAUAUCACAGAUGAGGAGUCAAGCUCUUGUGAGGUUGCCGAAUUUCAUGGAUACAAAGGAAGGAAGACUAACUUGAGCAUUGGAGAGUCAGAAGGAAGGAAGACUGACUUGAGCGUAGGCGACUCAGCUUACUCCUCAAGUAGUAUCCCAUUACAGGGAAGAGCUGACUCAGAGUCUAGUAAGAAGAGUCAAAAAAUUACUGAUAAAGCUCAGCCAAGUUGGGAUGCAAACUGGUAUUCUCUGUUUGAAUUGAUGAAUCAAAUCGCUUGUAGAAGAACCGAAGAGAAUGUGAAACUGGAAGCAGUGUCGAUAAUGAACAUAAUCCUGAUGAGAACUAAUGCUUAUACCGAGAGAGAAACUUUUGUCACCAAGGAAGUGUUUGAGAGCAUUUCGCUACUUUUAAAGAAAGAAGCUGGCUUACGUGUGCGUAAAGGAGCUAUUCAUCUUUUCUUCCUGCUGCUCAACUGUCCUAAAGUGUUAGCUAGAUUUGACUCUCUCCAUGAGGAGAAUAAAUCUUCAGCUUCUGAGAACAACAGCCAAGGGAAUCUGUUUGCUUUGGGAGCAUUUCGUAAGAUCUUUGAAGGUCUAGCAGAUUGUUUAACUUCUCCCAGAAAGACAUCAGAGGAUCUGGAACUCUGUCGGAAUGUAAUAAUGAUCUUGGCCUUAGCAGCUUCUUCAGGAAACUCUGGCUACGUACUACUCUCAAGUCACAACUUACCUCAAGAAACCAGCUUUCUAAUGUUGAUACUGCAUCUCUUAGCAGCGGAGAUAGAUUCGGAAUCAACCGAGCUUCAUCCAAACGCAGAAAUAUUCAAAGCGAGGACGCUAUUGAUGAGAGAGAUACUGAUAUUACUAAACAGACUUGUCUCUGGUUCUUCAAGCUCUUGUACAAUUCUGAGGGAACUAACAAAGAGCAGAGACAUGGCGAGUCUAACGGUUGAUGCAGCCACAAGAUUGUCCCGUAAAAGUAACUUACUUGGACAGCUUGAAAGCAGUGUUGAAAGAAUGAGGGGUUCGGAGAUCACAGAUUUAGCGCGCAUUUUUAAGAGAAGAGUUUUCGCAUUCUUAGGAGACAACAGUAGUUGAUAAGCUCUCAAUCUCAUCAUCGGGAGUUUCCUUGUUUUUUUUUUGUUUUGGUGAGCAUGAUGUAUAUGUGCAAAGUUUUGAUUGAGGGUGCAUCUAUAUGAUGUUUUCGGCUAUUACAACUGUUGUAUUUUUUUUUGUCUGAAACACUUGUAACAAAGGAAAUCGACUACUCUAAAAGUACAAGCAAGAGAGACCAUGAAAGCUUGGAAGUA